AUGAGGAUGGGGAUGUUAACGGACAAUGUACUGCGAUACUAUCAGGGAGCAUCCUCCAGUGCUUCAUCAGGCCACGUCUUGUGUGUAUUUCGGAGAUUUUUCAAAAUUGAGAAUCACAGCGAAAACGAAACACCGGUCGUAGAGCAACCCGGCGCUCUGCGACAACAAUUGGUGGCUUCCAAUGCCGGGACCGUCAAUAGACCCAUACGAAAACCCCGUAAAAGGGACAAGAAGAAAAAGAAGAAAAAGUGUUGUAAUGGCUGCUGCAGCUGCUGUUGCUGUUGCAAAACUGGAGACAAAGUUGCGGGUACGGAAUCGGAACCGGAAACGGAACCGGAUUCUGGAACCGAAAAAAGCACAGGGUGUUGUUCGUGCUGUCCAUCAAAGAAAUCCAGAAAGACAAGGCAACCGUCUGACAAGAAGUCGUGUGUAGUGUGUUGUAAACGUUUCACGACUUUCGUAUUUUCACAUAUAGGCUUGUGUUCGUUAGUAGUGGCUUAUUCAGUGUUGGGUGGAUUCAUCUUCAUGAAGUUGGAGGCUCCGUCGGAAGUAGUGGAGAGAAACAACAUGGCGGCUAACCGCAAGCAGCAGGUGCUUGCGCUGUGGAACCUGACUGUAGAUCUCAAUGUGUUGUAUGAGGGUAACUGGACUCAACUGGCCGAUGAUGUGUUGAAGGCUUUCCAGAAACAGGUGUACACAGCGACCAAGGAGAAGGGAUGGGACGGCAAGGAUGGGGAAGGGGAACUACAGUGGUCGUUUGCGGGGGCUCUUCUUUACUCGGUGACGGUCAUCACAACAAUUGGUUACGGACACAUUGCCCCCAAGACAAUGUACGGCCAGCUGGUAACCAUGCUGUAUGCCCUGAUCGGAAUCCCACUCACAUUGCUGUGUCUCGCCAACCUCGGCAGUUUCAUGGGAGACUGCUUCCGGUGUUUGUACAAACAAAUCUGCAUCGGUCUCAUGUGGCUCUGCUGCCCACCACAAGCACGUGCAGCACGAUCCAAAUCAUAUUCCGCAAGGAUACGAUACCGGAAGUCAGGUGACUCGGAGGAAGAGAACCCUCUCCGAGGGAAGACUGUGGUAGAAGGGGAGGGGACGGAUGUGGCUGUGAUGGUUGAGGAAGAACAGAAGUCUCAAAAGGAAGACCCAGUGAGAGUACCGAUGUUUGUCAGUCUUAUGAUAAUAGUUAUAUAUAUAUUUGGUGGUGCUUUGAUAUUCUCCAAUUGGGAGGGGUGGGACUACCUGAUUGGGUCUUACUUCUGCUUCAUCACACUCAGCACGAUUGGUUUCGGGGACUAUGUCCCCGGGGCCGCUGGAGCGGCGGAUGACUGGGACAGCCAAGAGAAGCUGAUCAUCUGUGCGUUCUACCUUGUGGUCGGACUCUCCCUUAUCGCCAUGUGCUUUAACCUGAUGCAGGAGGAGGUGCGGGCCAAGUUUGCUUGGUUGGGGAUAAAGCUGGGUAUCCUGGACAAGGAAUAGAGGAUGGAGAUUCCAGAUCCUGCACCUGUUGCCUCGGGGAUGCUACACGGGGUGAUGGUUGACUAGGGGAUGGUUAGACGGGGCGAUGGUUGACUAGGGCAUGCUACACGGGGUGAUAGUUGUCUAGGGGAUGGUUAGACGGGGUGAUGGUUGACUAGGGGAUGGCUACACGGGGUGAUGGUUGACUAGGGGAUGGUUACACGGGGUGAUGGUUGACUAGGGGAUGGCUACACGGGGUGAUGGUUGACUAGGGGAUGGUUAGACGGGGUGAUGGUUGACUAGGGGAUGGUUAGACGGGGUGAUGGUUGACUAGGGGAUGGUUAGACGGGGUGAUGGUUGACUAGGGGAUGGUUAGACGGGGUGAUGGUUGACUAGGGGAUGGUUACACGGGGUGAUGGUUGACUAGGGGAUGUUACACGGGGUGAUGGUUGACUAGGGGAUGGUUAGACGGGGUGAUGGUUGACUAGGGGAUGGCUACACGGGGUGAUGGUUGACUAGGGGAUGGUUAGACGGGGUGAUGGUUGACUAGGGGAUGGUUACACGGGGUGAUGGUUGACUAGGGGAUGGUUAGACGGGGUGAUGGUUGACUAGGGGAUGGUUAGACGGGGUGAUGGUUGACUAGGGGAUGGUUAGACGGGGUGAUGGUUGACUAGGGGAUGGUUAGACGGGAUGAUGGUUGACUAGGGGAUGGUUAGACGGGGUGAUGGUUGACUAGGGGAUGGUUAGACGGGGUGAUGGUUGACUAGGGGAUGGUUACACGGGGUGAUGGUUGACUAGGGGAUGGUUAGACGGGGUGAUGGUUGACUAGGGGAUGGUUAGACGGGGUGAUGGUUGACUAGGGGAUGGUUAGACGGGGUGAUGGUUGACUAGGGGAUGGUUACACGGGGUGAUGGUUGACUAGGGGAUGGUUAGACGGGGUGAUGGUUGACUAGGGGAUGGUUACACGGGGUGAUGGUUGACUAGGGGAUGGUUAGACGGGGUGAUGGUUGACUAGGGGAUGGUUACACGGGGUGAUGGUUGACUAGGGGAUGGUUAGACGGGGUGAUGGUUGACUAGGGGAUGUUACACGGGGUGAGGGGUGACUAGGGGAUGGUUACACGCGAAGCCAUGGCUGACAAGAGGUACACUUGGUGGUAGUUCACUAGGGUGUGGACACACGUUGACAUGGUUGCCUAGGGGCUGGUUGUUUACCUACUUUGGAAAUAGGAACCUUUUGCCCAGUUAGAAGAUUGCCUGAGAUAGUGUCCAUCUCGGACGAUGUAUACCAGAGUAAAUGGUUACCAAGGACGACGCUUACCUUGGAUGACAGUUGCCCUGGAUAUAGUUACCUGGCAUUAUCCUUGUCUCGGGUCAUUGUUUGCGAUCUGAGGCGAUGGUUAAUCCUUUUUGAUUGGUUGAGUUUCUUGAUGUUUACUCAUUGUGAAGGAAAGUGAUUCUUGAACCCAAAUGAGAGGCGGACGGACAUGUGAAUACCACAUGCGUUAUACUGGAUGGCGAAGACAGCGACCGUACAGAACUAGAAAAGGACAACUGAAGUGAUAGUUUGAAUAUCACAGUGAACUGGUGUGCACAAGGAGCGAGGCAAUAGGAAAUUCUGAAGGAUUCCAGAUUAAUAGAUGACGUGUUAGGAUUUGUGUGGAAAGAACGUUGUCAAACUGGUCGCAUUUGCUGUUUGAACAGGUGUGUCGUAGAGUUAUAAUGACUAGUUGUACAGAUGUAGAUAUUUGAUAUAUCUGAUAAUCCAUGAUGUUACGACAAACUUUGGCACAUAUUUCGUCUACACGAGACACAGAUUAUCUGCCCAGAAGGUCACGUGGUGCUAACUUCCUUACAUUGGAGUGCUUACUAUUUUACAAUCAAAUCACACUAUCACGCAUCCGGACAAAACAUAAACAGGAUAUAUAUUCGUGAGUACAUCUGUAAACAUGAUAUAUCACCUGUAUCCAACCUCCUUGUCUGGUAUGAUAUCACCAUGUUCCCGACCUCCUGGCCUUACAUAUGACAUAUGCCCGACCUCCUGUUCUUACACGAUAUCGCCCUGUUCCCAACCUCCUGAUCUUACAUGGUAUAUCCCUGUUCUCAACCUCCUGAUCUUACAAGGUAUUACCCUGUUCCCGACCUCCUGAUCUUACAUGGUAUCACAUAUUAUCGACCUCCUGAUCUUACACUUUUAUCAUCCUGUUCCCGAUCUCCUGACCUUGCAUGAUAUCACCUGUUCCCGACCUCCUGAUCUUACAUAGUAUCCCCAGUAGCCGACCUCCUGAUCUUACAUGGUAUUACCCUGUUCCCAACCUCCUAAUCUUGCAUGAUAUCACCUCUUCCCAACCUCCUGAUCUUGCAUGAUAUCACCUGUUCCCGACCUCCUGAUCUUGCAUGAUAUCACCUGUUCCCGACCUCCUGAUCUUACAAGGU